ACCUAAAUCUGGCCCUCUAGAUGUAUAUAGAAAAAAAGCAUCUUUUGACUGGAGAAAAUUAAAAAUUUUUUUGAACACUGAAGAGGUUAUUCAAUAUGAGGAAGAGAUAAAAGAAAAGAAAAAAUUAAUGGACCUGCUUUUCAGAUACGAAACAUUCAAUGUUUUAGUAAAAUACAACGUUGAAUCAGAUAUGCAGUCUUGGAUCAGAUUCGCAGUAUGCGAUUUAUUAGAAGAAGUUAAAGAUUGCUUAGGAAAUUUUCAAAUCGAAGAUGCAAUUCUAAUUUAUAGCAGAAUGGAUGAAGAAACUGUGAAAUCGUUAAAUGAAAAAUUUGUCAACGAUGUAUUGGACAUUUUUAAAAAUCCUCCCCAAGACCUCUACCAAUCGUUUUUACCCACCUUUUUUCCAAUAACCAUGACCCACCUUCCCUCUGCAAUGUCUCUUUUCCUAACCUGGUUACAAGACGAAAUUCUUCACAUGGAAAAACGGGAUGCUACUAAUUUUCCCGAAAACGGUGUAAAAAUGGUAGAAGACGUUCUCGAACUUAUCAGAGUCGAAAAACACGGCGUACUGUUGCGUCAAUGUAUGCUCAAUCGUAAGAGCCUCGAAAAUCUAUCGAAUCUAUUGAAAGGUUUAAAGACUCUGCAGAAGCUGAAGGAAAUGUAUGCGAUCAAAGUUGAAUUGAGCGAAUACUUAGAGGGUCCAAAAAAAUUUGUAAGCACACUUUUGCGAGUAUCCAUGCCUCCGGAACUCUACAAUGGAUUUUUGAAAAACUUCCUACAAAUCUAUAUGCUCCAGAACGACAUUAAUCAUAAUACGAUAUUCGCUGAAGAAAUUAACAAUCUGUUAAAAUGUAACGGCGACUGGUUGUCUACCAUAGAAAUUAUCUUCGAUAACAUUAGUUCCUUGGAUAUCAAACUUCAGAUUACGCAAAAAUUACUUUUAAAUUCUCCCGUCCCCUGGUGUGACGCUGUAAAAAGGAUGGCUGAUCGAUCGUUGCAGUUUUCACAUCCCAUGGUCGAAACGAUAUCGAAAAUGUUGAGCAACGAAGGUCGAUAUAAAGUAAUUCAAAAUCGCGAAUAUUUGAUAAACGAGAGGAAACUUGACGAACAGUUUUGUAGGGUCGUAAACCGUAUUGUAUACGUUGACGAGCCACAAAUGGUUGAUGAUAUAUUUCACCUGUGUAGUAUUGAUGAUCAGUAUUUGAAUGCCACUGUCAUCUUAGUAAAUCAUUUUAUAUUAAAAGAAGAUUUAGAUCAGGCCAUAGCCGUGUUGGAUAGAAAUAAACCAGAAAUUUUGUACCGAUGUGGAAGAAAUCUCUUUGAUUAUGCUGAAAAUAUUAUCAAAGCAAGGUAUCAUAAAGCUUCGACGAAAGAAAAGUACUACAACUUUUUACCGAUUUUAAUCAAAAAGCUUAAAAACGGCGGCUAUAAGGAAUUGGAAAUGCAUCAUGUCAAAGAACGUUUUAGAAUAAUGCAAGGCCAAUAUUUCUUCAAACAACAUUUUGGUAUCGAUUUUACCGAUGCUCAAUUUAAAUCUCCCAUGGAAAUUAUACAAAGCAUCGACUUGGCCUCUCGGGAUUUUACCGAGAUUCUUCAAUACGCCGAUCGUAUAGCUUUCUUCUUGUCAAAGGAUACUGACGAGAUACUCUUACAAUUAUGCGACAGCAUCAAAAAAUUCGAUAUUCUUAUAAAGGCGGGAGAAUACUUAUACGAAACCGAUAGUAGCGCCAAAAAUCUUUGUGUGAUCACGAUGCUAUUUCUAAAAUAUUUGGGUAUUCAAAAUUGUCCUCAACUUCACACUACAGUAUUCGAGAAAAUCCACGAUCAAACGUUGCCGACUUUUGAUAAUUUGAAUGGCCUGGACGAAACCUCGGAAAAUGAUAAAUUUUUGAAAGGUUUAAAGUUGGGUGAUAAACUCAUCAGAAAGGCUAUGGCGAAGGACGGUACAGAUCUUCAAAUAGACAAGGUUUCUAAGUGGUUAGAUGUUUGUUUCUAUUUAACAAGAUCGAAUAGCACCCUUGAUGACUAUUUACAUCCUAAUGUCUACUAUCCCAAACAAAAUAUGCCUAGUAGUACUGUGUUGCAAACAAUACAAUUCUGUUUUAAAGGUAUUUUUGCACGCGUAGAUGUCCAGAAAGAUUCUGAAUAUUAUUCUGUCUUCCCAUCAAACAUGGAAUUAGAAGAGGAACUAUUAACAGAAACAUCAAUAAAUACAACUCUUGCGUCGGCAAUAGAUACAUUUUGUAGAGAAGGCCAAGCCCCGACAGCGUACUUAUUACUUGGGACAGUCGCGAAUUCUCUGGUUUUGCAUCCAUCUCAAGACUCUAACGUAUUAAAAUCUUUAAAAUUGCUCGAAAAAAAAUGUUUGGUACAAUUUAUUAAUGCAGUUGUAUCGGCUGAACACAUCGAUUUGGAGCUAUUGUACAAUUUAUUUUUAGCUAUGCCGCAGGACUACAAAAAAUAUCUUACCCAUUUUUUGCAAACACAUAGACAAAAUUUUAGGAAACUAAAAGAUUUGUCGGGGGUUGGUAUUGCAUUACUAGAUUUUUUCAAAGACACCGAAGGAAGAGCAAUUUUGAUAGAUACCGUCAAAAGUUGCAAAUGGUGGGGCCAGUUAACCAGUAUUCAUUCUAAAAUGAUCUACAAGGAAUUUUUUAAAUCGGACCCCGACGCGAGAUUAAAAUUAGUAAUAAAUCUCGAUGCAGUUGGAUUUGAAGAAAUCAAUUCGUUUUGCAAAGACUUUAAUUUAGAUGUCGAUGAAUACAAUCGAGAAUAUUUAAAAAGUUCUCUACUAAAUUUUACGCCACAAUAUAAAAUUGAAAAGAUGUGGGACAAAAAAGUACUCGUUGUAGAAAAUAAUGAAGACAGUCUUUACAAAAAAUGUCAAAAAAUUAUUAGAUCAAUAAAAGAUAAAGCAAGAGCAUUUUUAGACAUGGUAAACAUAUUAAAAGAGGUGAAUUUCUAUUAUUACGAAGUCUUUUUGACCAUCUACAAGCUCUUAGAAGAUAAUACCCAAACAACCUACUCCGAGGAUAAAAAGAUGAUGGUAUUUUUGAAAGAAUAUACUAGAUUCGGAAGGCCCAGUCAAAGAGAGAAAGAAGCGUGGUACACAACGUUUCCAGAUACGCAAAUUUUGGAUCCACUUUCCGAAUUUCGCGUACCCUUCAUACCUUUAUUGUUUUCUUCGGAAAUUUGGAGCAUUUUAAGACCCGAAGUCAGUUUGACUUCUUACAAGUUGUGGUUUAAUGCUACAUAUAUAUUGAGUAAUAAUUUGAAAGUAGAUGAUAUAUGCGUGUAUGCUGUAAAAAAUGUGGUUUCCAGUGGUAUUUUAGGAACCUAUGUACCCAACGAUUGGAAGCUUUAUUCCGAAUUCGAUGAUCUUCUUCAUAAGGUUGAUGAAUGCGUUCAUAAUAUAAAGAAUUUGGAAAGUGCAACCUCGGUCGUUUACGAAUUGAUGAACAAUAUACCAAAUGGAGCAGAUAAAGUGAAAGCAGCAGAAUUGAGUUUGAAAUAUGCGGUUCAAUACAGAGGACAGAAUAUGCAUAACUCCGAAGUGGAAAAGACCUUCAAAAAAUUUACAAACAAUUUUUACAGUUUAUCAGUUAGACACGUUUUGCAUAGAUACAAUUUGAACAAAGAAAUCUAUUUGAAAUUGGUUACGCAGCCCGAGAUUCUGAUCGAAAACCUUUAUACGGAUGAAAGGGUUUCCAAGCAGACCGUUUUUGUGAGUUUGGAUUAUUCAGAUAUCAACGAUGCAGUAGAUGCCAUAUCGGAGCUUUUCGGCUUAGAUGUCGGGAAUAUAAGAUUCAGUUUAUUAAAACGUUGGUUAAGCAGUCCGAAUGAUUUCGAUAUGACACUAACGUUAUCUCCCUUCAAGAAUAAUUCGUUCAACCGCGUUGAGGACGAUGAUAAUUUAAAAAGGGCUAUUUAUAUAUGCAACAGUAGAAAUCAACAGCAUUUGGAAACGUAUCUGUUAGAAGUGGUACUAACUGAGGACGAUUUAGAUGUCAGAGGCAGAAAUAUGGUUUUCAAAGCGAACGCUGCUAAGUGUUUUUGUGCUAUUACAGACGAAGCGAGAAUAAUUGAAGUUACGAAGUUAUCUUACGGGGAGUUUCUUAAAUAUGUUGAUAAGCUAGUUCUAUUAAGCGAAUUGGAGUCUUUGGGAAUAAUGUUGAAUAUAGAAACCCUAAAUGUGAUGAGUAAAAGAGAAUUGCUUAAGAAAUUAUAUCAUAUGGGUAAACCUCUGGCUAUUAAAUGUAUGGGCGCCGUUUGCAUGACAUAUUUUCUAGAGGAACAUAAAUAUUGGGAAUACAUUAUAAAUUGUUCUAUCAAAUUUGAAAUGAUAGCAGAUUUGAAAACGUACGUUGAUUUUCUGAAAAAUAAAUGCGACAAACAGUUUUAUAUAAACGCUUGGCAAGUCAUAAUAGACAAAACAUUUCAAGAAAUCAUUCAUGUAUCUAAUGAGGAUUUGGAAAAAACUUUGAUCAACAACUUUUUAAUGAUUCAGUCUUUUUAAUAAAAUUAUGGAGAUAUGUAAUAAUAUAAACAAGACAGAAUAUGCUGCUCUGCUUAUUCGGUAUAUGAAGAAAUGUGAUAAAGGAGAGUUUAUUCCACGAGAUUGAUUUUACAAAAUUGAAGAAUAAAGGAUUAUGGGGCGUGCAUAAUGUAAGUAAAAUGUUUUUUUU